AUGAGAAUGUUUACUGUUGUCGUCAACGAUGUGGAGCUAGCAAGGGAGGCAUUUCUCAACCAGGGCGAGCAUACGUCGGGGCGACCAUACCACACCAUGCUGCGUCGCUACGUGGCAGACGAACGAGGGGAGAUGAACGGACUUGGUAUGAGCGCGGGAAAGCGCUGGAAAGAACAGAGGAAGUUCGCGCUCAGCAAGCUGCGUGAGUUCGGCAUGGGGAAAGUCAGCAUAGAGAAGAAGAUCCAGGAGGAGACGUCCGCCUGUCUCGCUCAUCUAAUCGACACCAAUCGGGAGCCGCUCGAUCCACAGGCUCUGCCAGCAGUUGUGACGUUAAACGUGAUUGACCUCUAUUACACUCGGUGCUCGGUACGACUACGCCGACCCCGCCUUCCUCAGACUGAACGACAACAUCAACACCAUCUUCUACGAUAUCCAGUUACAGUGGGGCAUCUACUGUUGAACAAGGAGCUGAAGAGUAACAUAGCGAUGAGACACGAGAAGCAGGCGACGCGGAGAAUAGAGGGAGACGUGAGAGACUACUUUAGACGACUACCUGCUAGCGCCCCACUUCCAGCCGCGCGCACACACACUCACUCAUGUCGGCGUCAUCUCUCAGCUUUUCAGCUGCUCAUUUCUGUGCGUGAUCUGUUUCUCGCCGGAUCGCAUACCGCUAUGACGACGCUACGCUGGGGUCUGCUCUUCAUGCUCAAAUACCCUCACGUUCUGCGGAAAGUGCAGGCCGAGAUCGAUGACGUCAUCGGACGAGGAAGGCUACCAUGCAUGGCGGACCAAGACAACAUGCCGUACACGCGGGCGACAAUAGCCGAGGUGCAGAGAGUAGCGGACAUCGUGCCACUGAAUCUGGCACACAGCACGACUGCCGAGAUACAGCUAGGAGGCUACGUCAUCCCCGCCGGCACGGAUAUCCUUGCUAACUUUACGGCCAUCCUCAACGACCCGAAAUACUUCCCCGAACCGGAGAAGUUCCGCCCAGAGCGCCACCUGGACGAGCGUGGAGACUUUGUGCAGAACGAAGCGCUGAUUCCGUUCUCUAUCGGUCGUCGAGUCUGUCUAGGAGAGGCUCUCGCGCGAGUGGAGCUGUUCAUAUUCUUCACAGGCAUUCUGCAGAACUUUAACAUCAGGUUACCAGAUGGCGUUACCGAUCCGUCUAUGGAUGGAACCUUCGGCUUCACCUGGAUGGCAAAUCCGUAUCUGUUACAUUUCGUCGCGCGACCGUAAUCCACAAUGAUUUCAUAAAAACUUGCAACGUUUUAAAAAACAACGUCGUACGAGUGAUAAACCUGUGGUAAAACGCAUGCUAUAAAACUGCAUUAUCUUACGUUUUAACCUGUAACUAAACUGCGUUACCUAACGUUUUUACUUUAACUUGUGAUUAAACUGUGUUAUCCUAAGAAUUAACCUGUGUUUAAAUUGAUGAAUCCAACGUUUUACCUUUAAUUAAAAAAACCUGUGAAUAAAUUUUGUUAUCCUGCACGUGGUAC